AUCUCCUUCCUUUGAUUCUUCCUCUAGUUUAAUGGGUGUUUUCUCAAAUCUUCGAGGACCCAGAAUCGGAGCUACCCACGAUGAAUUACCGGCGGCAAAUGGCUCUCCUUCGUCUUCUUCUUCUCCCUCUACAUCAAUCAAGCGAAAGUUGUCGAAUUUAUUACCACUCUGCGUUGCUCUGGUAGUUAUCGCUGAGAUCGGGUUUCUGGGUCGGCUCGAUAAAGUCGCUUUAGUCGAUACGUUGACCGAUUUCUUCACCCAGUCUCCGUCACUCUCGCAGUCCCCACCGGCGAGAUCCGAUCGGAAAAAGAUCGGAUUGUUUACUGAUAACUGCGAGGAGUGGUUGAUGAGAGAAGAUUCAGUUACUUAUUCUAGAGAUUUCACUAAAGAUCCAAUUUUUAUCUCUGGUGGUGAAAAGGACUUUAAAUGGUGUCCUGUGGAUUGUACAUUUGGAGAUAGUUCAGGGAAAAAACCAGAUGCUGCGUUUGGAUUAGGUCAACAACCUGGAACUCUUAGUAUAAUCCGUUCCAUGGAAUCAGCACAGUACUAUCCAGAAAAUGAUCUUGCACAGGCACGACGGAGAGGUUAUGAUAUAGUGAUGACCACUAGUCUAUCAUCAGAUGUUCCUGUUGGGUAUUUUUCGUGGGCGGAGUAUGAUAUUAUGGCUCCGGUACAGGCUAAGACCGAGAAAGCUAUCGCAGCUGCUUUUAUUUCUAAUUGUGGUGCUCGGAAUUUUCGUUUACAAGCACUUGAAGCCCUGAUGAAAACUAACGUUAAGAUUGAUUCUUAUGGUGGUUGUCAUCGAAACCGGGAUGGAAAAGUUGACAAGGUUGAAGCUCUUAAGCGAUACAAAUUCAGUUUGGCUUUUGAGAAUACUAACGAGGAGGAUUAUGUCACCGAGAAGUUCUUCCAAUCCCUAGUUGCUGGAUCCGUCCCCGUGGUAGUUGGUCCUCCAAAUAUAGAAGAAUUUGCGCCUGCUUCAGACUCAUUCCUUCACAUUAAGAGUAUGGAAGAUGUAGAGCCAGUUGCAAAGAGAAUGAAGUAUCUCGCAGCUAACCCUGCUGCUUAUAAUCAGACACUAAGAUGGAAAUAUGAGGGUCCUUCAGAUUCUUUCAAGGCACUUGUUGAUAUGGCUGCUGUACACUCUUCUUGCCGUCUCUGCAUUUUCCUGGCCACGAGGGUCCGAGAACAAGAAGAGAAAAGCCCGAAUUUCAAGAAACGACCUUGCAAAUGCAGUAGGGGAGGAUCAGACACACUUUAUCAUGUUUUUGUUAGAGAAAGAGGCCGGUUUGAAAUGGAAUCCAUCUUUCUAAGGGGUAAAAAUCUGACUCAGGAAGCUCUAGAAUCUGCGGUUGUCACCAAAUUCAAGUCUCUUAAACGUGAGCCGGUUUGGAAGAAGGAAAGGCCUGGAAGCUUAAAAGGAGACAGUGAGCUUAGAGUACACCGGAUAUAUCCGCUUGGCCUAACGCAACGACAGGCUUUGUACAAGUUCAAAUUCGAGGGAAACUCGAGUUUAAGUAUCGUCUCAGCUAUGAAGACAUUUGUCUGUGCUAGAAUCUCAAAGUGCGAAACCAACCGAUUAGAUGAAACAAAAGGAUCCGUCCCCGUGGUAGUUGGUCCUCCAAGUAUAGAAGAAUUUGCGCCUGCUUCAGACUCAUUCCUUCACAUUAAGAGUAUGGAAGAUGUAGAGCGAGUUGCAAAGAGAAUGAAGUAUCUCGCAGCUAACCCUGCUGCUUAUAAUCAGACACUAAGAUGGAAAUAUGAGGGUCCUUCAGAUUCUUUCAAGGCACUUGUUGAUAUGGCUGCUGUACACUCUUCUUGCCGUCUCUGCAUUUUCCUGGCCACGAGAGUCCGAGAACAAGAAGAGAAAAGCCCGAAUUUCAAGAAACGACCUUGCAAAUGCAGCAGGGGAGGAUCAGACACACUUUAUCAUGUUUUUGUUAGAGAAAGAGGCCGGUUUGAAAUGGAAUCCAUCUUUCUAAGGGGUAAAAGUCUGACUCAGGAAGCUCUAGAAUCUGCGGUUCUCGCCAAGUUCAAGUCUUUAAAACAUGAGGUGGUGUGGAAGAAGGAAAGGCCUGGAAGCUUAAAAGGAGACAAAGAGCUUAAAAUACACCGGAUUUGCCCGCUUGGCCUAACACAACGACAGGCUUUGUACAAGUUCAAAUUCGAGUUUAAGUAGUCACAUUCAAGACAACCUUGCGCUAAAAUUGAGGUUGUCUUCGUCUAGUUUCAUUCCUACAGAUCUAUUUCAGGUAUCAUCUCAGCUAUGAAGACAUUUCUCUCAUUCUCUGUGCUAGAAUCGCAAAGAUGCAAAACAAACCGAUUAGAUGAAACAAAAGGUUAAUAGUCAUGAGAUUGGUGAGCUCAUUUUGUUUAGGCAGGGUAUCUGUAAAUCGUUCUGACAUUGCAGUAUGAUGUGUUCUUGAUAUCUGUAUACAUAAAUGUUUGAAGAUUUA